AUGGAUAUUAUGACGACUUUUUCGCAUAAACAUAAUCGUAUACAACACGAAACAAGUAUUGUGCCACUGGAGCGAAAGAAAGUAGUGCUAAUCGGAGAUAAAUCUUCAGGAAAAACAAGUCUUCUGCGAGCUUUUACACAAGAAGUUUCUCCUGUUGAAUAUAUUCCUAAAAUUUUAGAAUAUGCGGUGGUAGACGUGAGAACCGCAGGAAAAGAUAUAGAACUCGCCUUGUGGAAUACAGCUGGACAAGAACAUUUUGAUCGCAUGUGCAGCAUAUUGUAUCCGGACGCGGACGUAGCCUUGUUGUGUUUUUCUUUCGACAAACCGGAAUCUCUGGAUAGUGUUGUAAAUAAAUGGUAUCCCGAAAUACAUAAAAGGUGCAAAAACGUUUCUAUUAUAUUAGUGGGCAAUAAAGUGGAUUUGCGACACGAUUUUCAGUUGAUUAAGACGUUGCGGAAGAUUAAAAAAGCGCCAGUGCGAUCUUCGGAGGCUAGAGCUGUUGCUGAGAGCAUAAAAGCUUUCUGUUACGUAGAAUGUUCCGCUAAAACUAAAGUUGGAGUUAAUGAAGUUUUUCAUAACGCUGUUAGGGCUAUUGUUUUGUCUAAAAGAGAACGGAAGCGUUCAAGUAAACUAUUUUUUCAUAAAAAUAAUCAUGUUUUAUCACCAUUGCUGUGCUGUUACUGA